AUGUCUACAUUAUCAAAACAUUCAACAACUACAGAUGAAACCCAUUCUAAGAUUGAAAUAGCCGGUGAUAGUAAUGAAUUUAUUAUCAUGGGUGGUCAAAAAUUCCUAAGACAUGAAUUAAUGGGUGCAAUGACAAUGAAUAAUCCAACUAAUAAGUUUGCAAAUCCAGGUCCUUUAGGUUUAUGUGCUUUUGGAAUAUCAACAUUUGUUUUAUGUUUAAUAAAUGCACAAGCUAGUGGAGUUACAACACCAAAUUUAGCAGUUGGUCUUGCUGUAUUUUAUGGAGGUACAGUACAAUUUUUAGCUGGUGUUUGGGAAUUUUUUGUUGGUAAUACUUUUGGAUUUGUUGCGUUAGUUUCUUAUGGUUCAUUUUGGUUAUCAUGGGCAGCUAUUUAUAUUCCUGGAUUUGGUGUUCAGGCCGCUUAUGCAGAAGAUCCAGAACAGUUGAAACAAGCAGCUGGGCUUUUCUUGACUGGUUUUGCUAUCUUCACUUUUAUGUUGAUGAUAUUAACUAUAAGAACAAAUGUUGCUUUUUUUGCAUUAUUCUUUUGUUUAUUUAUGACGUUUGUUUUAUUAGCUGCUGGUGAUUUUACAUUAAAUGUAGGUAUAACAAGAGCAGGGGGAGUUUUUGGAGUAAUUACAGCAUUAAUUGCAUUUUAUAAUGCAUUUGCAGGUGUUGCAACAAAGCAAAAUUCAUAUUUUGGAGCAAAAACAUUUAAAUUACCUUAG